AAAUGAAAUGUCGACGAAAGCUCUGCAGGAAGUUUUAGACGUUUUAAACGAUUCGGCGGGAAUUUCAGACGUUCGUAUGGACCGUUUUUUAAUGAAAUCACCCCUGCAAUUUAUCACAGUCAUACUUUUAUACUUGGCAGUCGUUUACAAAAUAGGCCCUAAGUUCAUGAAAAAUCGAAAACCGUACUCUUUGCGGAAUGUUAUGAUAGUUUACAACUGCAUCCAGAUUAUUGCUAAUGGUGCGAUUUUUUUAGCAGGUGUUCCACAUUUCCUCUCUUUGAGUAUUUUUUGCACACCUCCAGAACGGUUAGACGGGGGUUUUAAUUCGUACCAAAUUCGCCUGCACUAUAGCUAUAUCUUGCUGAAAUUUUUCGAUUUAAUCGAAACUGUGUUUUACGUUCUGCGUAAAAAAGACAAGCAGAUUUCUUUCCUGCAUGUUUAUCAUCACGUUGGGAUUUUGGUAGCUGCUUGGAUUUCCGGUAAAUAUUUUCCGGGAGGACAGGCGCUCUAUGUGGGGUUCUAUAACACGCUGAUUCAUUGUAUUAUGUAUUGCUACUAUUUAAUCACGUGCUUGAGGCCGAAUAGUGUGGCUAUGUGGUGGAAGAAGUAUGUCACAGCUCUACAAAUUGUUCAACACUGCAUUAUUUUCCUCAGUGUGUCGCCCGUGGUGUUCAAUGUGAACUGUUCCUAUCCCAAAGGAUGGAUGGGUGCCUUUUCCCUAAACGUUUUGCUGAUAAUCUUCCUUUUCGCCCGGUUUUAUAGGGACGCAUAUUUACGGAAAAAUAAGUUAAACUAA